UAACAGCAUCGCAGGAUUACAGCGAUCUGAGAGCCAGAGAGGAGAAUUUCCCCUGCAGACUUUUCAUUUUACCAACAGCAGCAACGUUUUCAAGCCCCCAGCAGCAUUCUCAGCACACCGGAGGGUGACUAGCAGAUUCUGCCUCCACAUACCCGGCCUCUUCCAUCAUGUCAGUAGCGGGGUUAAAAAAGCAGUUCCAUAAAGCCACUCAGAAAGUAAGUGAAAAAGUUGGAGGGGCUGAAGGUACCAAACUAGAUGAAGAUUUUAAAGAAAUGGAAAGGAAAGUUGAUGUGACUAGCAGAGCGGUGAUGGAAAUCAUGACAAAGUCAAUAGAGUACCUUCAACCCAAUCCAGCUUCCAGAGCAAAGUUAAGCAUGAUCAACACAAUGUCAAAAAUUCGAGGACAGGAAAAAGGACCAGGAUACCCUCAAGCAGAGGCAUUAUUGGCUGAAGCAAUGCUGAAGUAUGGGAGGGAAAUCGGUGACGAAUCUAACUUUGGCCCAGCUCUUGUUGAUGUAGGAGAAGCUAUGAGGGAGCUCUCAGAUAUCAAAGAUUCUUUGGACAUUGAUGUGAAGCAGAACUUCAUAGAUCCACUUCAAAACCUUCAUGACAAAGAUCUGAAGGAAAUUCAGCAUCACUUAAAAAAGCUGGAAGGCAGGCGCCUGGACUUUGAUUAUAAGAAGAAAAGACAAGGAAAACUCACAGAUGAUGAAGUUCGUCAGGCUCUAGAGAAGUUUGAUGAGUCCAAAGAAAUUGCAGAAUCAAGCAUGUUCAACCUUCUGCAGAUGGAUAUUGAACAGGUGAGCCAGCUUUCUGCCCUUGUUCAAGCACAGCUGGAAUAUCACAAACAGGCAGUGCAGAUCCUACAGCAAGUUACUGUCAAACUGGAGGAAAGGAUUAGAGACACUUCCAGUCAACCCAGAAGAGAAUAUCAGCCCAAACCUCGUAUGAGCUUGGAACUUGCACUGCCCAGUGACAACUCUCAGCACAACGGAGGAAUUUCCCUUGCUACUACACCAAAACCAUCAGGCGCUCCCAUGGACCAACCUUGUUGUCGGGCUCUUUAUGACUUUGAUCCAGAAAAUGAAGGAGAGCUUGGCUUCAAAGAGGGAGACAUCAUUACUCUCACCAAUCAAAUUGAUGAAAACUGGUAUGAAGGGAUGCUUCAUGGCCAGUCAGGCUUCUUCCCUAUCAAUUAUGUUGAUAUUUUAGUUCCCUUGCCCCACUAAGCUGUCUGACUUAUCGGACAAAAUCAUUCACUUGGCCCCACUGCUUUAAAUGCUGCUUACUUCACAAUCGUAAGAACAAAGUGCAGUGGUUUUAAAUUCCAUUGAGUUCCAUCUUCAUUUUUUUGUUUAUAUGUGUAAUUUCUCCUGAUGUUGUAUUUAUUUUAAUGAAGUCUUAGAGUCCUUUAUUAUGGCAGAAAUAAAAAAAGUACUUGUUGCGGUUUCUUUCCUUUCACAUGGAUACAGUUCGUGCAAAUCUCAUAUUUACCUAAUUAACACUGUCAUCUGUUCCGAAAUGUGUUUUGUUUUCUGCUAAUUUCAUUAUAUUUGGAAAAAAAAUCUUAGAAGAUAACUAAAGAAUUCAUUUUAAACAUGUUGUUUUAAUAAUAAGAAAGCAAGUACAGAGGUGUCCUGUAUGAAUAUAAAUGUCUAAGGGAAUAUAUAGACAUUUCUUCUAUGCUUGUCAGCAGUGUAUAUUAAAUAAUAUUAUGGGUUGAGAAACAUGCAAAUUAGAUUAUAAAUUGUAGCUGAACCAAGCAUGUUAAAUAAUUUGUAUGUUAAAGAUGUAUAUAUUUUAGAAACUGUCACUAGAAAAAUAUCAAGUUCAUUAGGAAAUCAAGUUGCUUUGCUUUUUUUUUUCCUUGGGAAAAAAAAAAAUUAAAAACAAAAAUUCCAAUACAUGCUUAGUAAUUCACAGCGAGGUUAAUAUUUUAUAUUUAUUUGAGGGAAUAUUUUUGACCUACUAAAUAAAAAAAAACUUACAACCUAUAACUACUUGUGCCCAUCUAUCUGCCAUACAUUUAUUUUUCAAUCGUAAUAUGAUUUGUAAAUAAUGAACAAUAAAAAUAUAAAUGAAAAAUAUUGAAUCAUAAAACCAAAAUUAUAAUCAGGCUUGAAAUGAUUAUAAUCUGGAUGGUCUCUAAGCUUGAUUUCCUCAGGAUAGCCAAAUGAGAAGGUCUGUUAUCCUAUUGGAAACCUUGUAAAACUAACAGAUAUAUGUUAAUGGUUUGCAAACCUCCAAUGGCGCACUUACAAAGGGCAUGGCUUUAAGAUCACUUCCUGUGCAUGUGCAUGAGCGAUGCUCGCUUCCCAUCAAACUUUCAAAUCUUGUAAAUGUCAUCAUUGAGAUGCAGAAAGACAUGAAUAAACCAGUAAAGCAAAAUGAGGUUUUAACUCUAAAAAUAUUUAAGCAUCUGCUGUUCUAUGUGUAAACUUCUUCAGUAUUAAAAUUAAUUAAAUGCAGCAAAUCUUAUAGCAUUUUUAAAAUAAGCAUAGCUUAAAAUGAUGGGUGUACAUUGCAAUUUCUUUGUUAAAAUAGUCUUUUAAAUAUAAUUGGCACAAUUAAUGAACAAUCAGUUAAAAAGUGCAAGCACAUACCAGGGAAUAUUAUAGUAUUAUCUAUGUGGAUAUUUUUAUUAGUAAAAUUGCGGAAGAAUAAAAGUGGAUUAUGGAUACCUAUUUUCUUAUUAAUAUUUUCAAGAGUUGAUUAGUACAUAGAAUAGUCAGUAAUAUGUUGUGUUUUGAUCUUUUUAAUGCUGCAAAAGUGUUUAGCCACUUGAAAAAUGCAUUUUCAGUAGUGUAAAAAUGUAAUUGAGGGUCAAAGGUCAUUAAAUGAUGUUGCAGGAAAUACAGGGGCACUAAUGGUCAUUUGAAGAGUUAAUGUGUCUACAAGUGCAGUCUUUAAAUCCAGCCUCUUUUGAAUCCAAGUGUAAGUAUUCACUAAAAGAAAAUAUUUCAAAUAUAUGUUUAAUAUGUGAAAAAAUGUUUAAAAGUCAAUGUAAUUUUGUUUAAUAGAAGUCACAAAACCGAUAGAGCAGAAAAAGACAAUUGCAUUAGGUAGCUGCAAGACAAAGACAAAUCUGAGAAUACAAUACCCUUCACUCAAUCUUGGCAAUGGUGAACAUAUUCUGCCCUCUAUGAGGAUUAUUUAGAAUUAUACAUGAUUUAUGUGCUGCACAACUAAAGACUUAUAAGUGUGUGUAAAAAAAGAUUCUACCUGCUUGCUUUGAUGUCAUACUCAUGUGCAUCCUGUGUGUACAGUGCUGCAUCUGAUAUUUUUAUUUUGUACCAAUAGUUCAAAUUCUUUAAGAUGGGCCAUGGGCCAACCAGUAUAAUGUUUUUCACAACUUUACAGCCAUCUUGUUUAAAAAGAAAAAUAAUAAUAAAUACGUUCUAUUAAAUGUGUUGAAUGUGCCACUUCAGAACUGGUUGAACAAGAAGGCUGUGCUUAUUACUUCAUGUUAUCUAUGCCCUGGAAAGCAAUGACAUACAAUUAAACUUUGCUAAAAAUACUACUUGUGAUUUCCUUAUUUUAGAGCCUGCCAUCUGCUGUUAUUAACCAUCAAGUUGUUUAUACUUCAGGUUGUUGAAAAUAAAAAAUUUUUUAAUUAACA